UGGAGGGAAGAGGAGGAGACUUGUUGGGCGUCUAAGUACAUCUAUAUAAAGUUCAUUUGUUGUUUAGUUUGUUUAGCAGGCAAGCAGGGAAGUGCGUUAGACGGUUAGAAUGGCGACCCCGUUGACAGACCAAGAGAAGAGAAAGCAGAUCAGUAUUAGGGGGAUAGUUGGCGUAGAAAAUGUUUCGGAGGUGAAAAAAGGCUUUAACCGUCACCUGCACUUCACCCUAGUGAAAGACAGGAAUGUGGCGACGCAGCGUGAUUACUUUUUUGCUCUUGCACACACGGUGCGAGAUCAUCUGGUUGGGAGAUGGAUCCGUACACAGCAGUUCUACUAUGAAGCCGACCCAAAGAGGGUGUACUAUCUCUCCCUGGAGUUCUAUAUGGGUCGAACCCUGGAGAACACCAUGAUCAACCUGGGGCUGCAGAAUGCCUGCGAUGAGGCCAUCUACCAGCUGGGUUUGGAUAUAGAAGACCUGGAGGAGAUGGAAGAAGAUGCUGGGCUUGGGAAUGGAGGUUUGGGCAGACUUGCAGCAUGCUUCCUUGACUCGAUGGCUACCCUUGGCCUUGCCGCAUAUGGAUAUGGCAUUCGAUACGAGUACGGCAUCUUCAAUCAGAAAAUCCGCGAGGGCUGGCAGGUGGAGGAGGCCGACGACUGGCUGAGACAUGGCAACCCCUGGGAGAAAGCCCGCCCGGAGUACAUGCUGCCUGUUCAUUUUUAUGGCCGUGUGGAACAAACCAGGGAAGGCUCCAAAUGGGUUGAUACACAGGUGGUCCUGGCAAUGCCUUAUGACACCCCGAUUCCGGGGUACAUGAACAACACUGUCAACACCAUGAGGCUGUGGUCUGCUCGUGCACCCAAUGACUUCAACCUGCGGGACUUUAAUAUUGGAGACUACAUUCAGGCUGUACUGAACAGGAAUCUGGCUGAAAACAUCACCAGAGUGCUCUAUCCUAAUGAUAAUUUCUUUGAAGGGAAGGAGCUACGUUUGAAGCAGGAGUAUUUCGUGGUUGCUGCAACCCUGCAGGACAUCAUUCGUCGUUUUAAAGCCUGUAAGAAGGUGUCGCCGGGAGCAUCCACCUCCUUUGACACCUUUCCCGAUAAGGUGGCAAUCCAGCUGAACGACACACAUCCAGCAAUGGCUAUCCCUGAGCUGAUGAGGAUCCUGGUGGACAUUGAAAAAUUGCCUUGGGAUAAGGCCUGGGACAUCACCAAGAAGACCUUUGCCUACACCAACCACACAGUGCUGCCUGAAGCUCUAGAACGCUGGCCAGUGCACCUGAUGGAGAACCUACUCCCUCGGCACCUGCAGAUCAUCUAUGAAAUUAACCAGAAGCACCUGGAUAAAAUGGCGGCGCUGUUUCCUGGUGACAUGGACCGGAUCCGCAGGAUGUCUCUGAUUGAAGAAGACGGAGGGAAGAAAAUCAACAUGGCCCACUUGUGCAUUGUUGGGUCUCAUGCAGUCAAUGGAGUUGCCCAAAUCCAUUCCAACAUAAUUAAGAAGGACGUGUUCCGUGACUUCAGCGAGCUGGAGCCUGAUAAGUUCCAGAACAAAACUAAUGGAAUAACUCCAAGACGCUGGCUACUGCUCUGCAAUGCCGGGCUGGCAGAGCUCAUUGCCGAGACUAUUGGUGAGGAUUAUGUGAAAGACCUCAGCCAGUUAAAGAAGCUCAUUAACUUUGUGGACAAUGAUAAUUUUAUUCGAGAUGUUGCCAAAGUCAAGCAGGACAACAAGGUAAAGUUUGCCCAGUAUCUGGAGAAGGAAUACAAGGUGAAGAUAAAUGCUUCUUCCAUGUUUGAUGUCCAUGUGAAGAGAAUCCAUGAGUACAAGCGGCAGCUCCUCAACUGCCUGCACAUUAUCACCAUGUACAACCGAAUAAAGAAGGACCCAACCGCUCCAUUUGUACCACGAACAGUGAUUAUUGGUGGUAAAGCAGCUCCAGGAUAUCACAUGGCGAAAACGAUUAUCAAACUCAUCACUUCUGUAGGAGAGGUUGUGAACAGUGACCCAGCGGUUGGAAACAAGCUGAAAGUCAUCUUUCUGGAGAACUACAGAGUUUCUCUUGCCGAAAAAGUGAUCCCUGCUACAGAUCUGUCUGAGCAGAUCUCCACCGCAGGCACCGAGGCUUCCGGCACAGGAAACAUGAAGUUCAUGCUGAAUGGGGCUUUGACCAUCGGGACCAUGGACGGAGCCAAUGUGGAAAUGGCAGAGGAAGCUGGCGAGGAGAACCUUUUCAUUUUCGGGAUGCGGGUGGAGGAUGUCGCCGAGCUUGAUAAGAAGGGCUAUGAUGCCAGAGAAUACUAUAAUGAGUUGCCUGAACUGAAGCACGUUAUAGACCAGAUCAAGAGUGGAUUCUUCUCCCCCAAGCAGCCAGACCUCUUCAAUGAUGUCAUCAACAUGCUUUUCAACCAUGACAGGUUUAAGGUCUUUGCAGACUAUGAAGCUUAUGUAAAAUGCCAAGAGAGGGUCAGCAAGCUGUACAAAAACCCAAAGGAGUGGACUAAGAUGGUGAUCAAAAACAUUGCUGCCUCUGGGAAGUUCUCCAGCGACAGGACAAUCAAGGAGUAUGCCCAGGAGAUCUGGGGAGUGGCGCCCACAGACUUGAAGAUCCCACCACCAAACGAGCCACGAGAGGCUAUCGAGGAGACAGCCAAGGCGGUAAAGCCAAAAAAGGUGUAAUGUCUCUUGGGCAGAGCUAAAGCAGGCAAGGAUGUGCUCGCAAAACUUAAUCAGUAGUGCCAUUCUUAUGUAAGCUUUUGGCCAGGCUUUUCAGUUAAGGUUUUGGCAUGAGGGCCAUUUCUAGAGCUGUUAAUUGUGCAAUCUAUACAAGGAAGUUGGCAAUUGGGUCUUGAUCCUGAAAGCCUUGUUAUACAAUCUUCCCUUUGUCAGUGUUGCCUUGUCUAAAUGCAUCAUCUUAGCACUUAGUAACGCAAACUCCAAUGUUUAGAUACCUGGACUGUCCGAAGUUAUUCAGAUUAAUUUGUUGCUUUAAUCUUUACCUUUUGUCUUGGGGCUGUAAUCUAAUAAACCUAAACAGAUUUGCCUGAUAAUCUGAUCAUGUUUUUUAAGUAUGAAUCACGUUCAAACAUGGCUUAUUUUCACGAUGAUACCAGUGAUGUAUUAAAGGGGAUAGUUUGAGAGCAUUGUCUUCUCUCUCCUUGACAUUCUGUACUGUUACUUCAAUAAAUGUUUGUCUGCAA